CCCUGGCCCUCCAUCCCCGGUCCCCAUGGUCCCAGAGCCGGGGCCCGCCAACAACAGCACCCCAGCCUGGGGGUCAGGACAGCCAUCGGCCCCUGGAGGCAGCGGCUGGGUGGCGGCGGGGCUGUGCGUGGUCAUCGCGCUGACGGCGGCGGCCAACUCGCUGCUCAUCGCGCUCAUCUGCACGCAGCCUGCGCUGCGCAACACGUCCAACUUCUUCCUGGUGUCGCUGUUCACGUCGGACCUGAUGGUGGGACUGGUGGUAAUGCCGCCUGCCAUGCUGAACGCACUGUAUGGGCGCUGGGUGCUGGCGCGCAGCCUUUGCCUGCUCUGGGCCGCCUUCGACGUGAUGUGCUGCAGCGCCUCUAUCCUCAACCUCUGCCUCAUCAGCCUGGACCGCUACCUGCUUAUCCUGUCGCCACUGCGCUACAAGCUGCGCAUGACGCCGCCGCGCGCCCUGGCGCUGGUCCUGGGUGCCUGGAGCCUUGCUGCGCUCGCCUCCUUCCUGCCCCUGCUCCUGGGCUGGCAUGAACUGGGUCACACCCGGCAGCCUGACCCGGGCCAGUGCCGCCUGCUGGCCAGCCUACCCUUCGUCCUCGUAGCGUCAGGCCUCACCUUCUUCCUGCCCUCGGGUGCCAUCUGCUUCACCUACUGCAGGAUCCUGCUGGCCGCCCGCAAGCAGGCGGUGCAGGUGGCCUCCCUCCCCACCGGCAUGGCCAGCCAGGCCUUGGAGACGCUGCAGGUGCCCAGGACCCCACGCCCAGGGGUGGAGUCAGCUGACAGCAGGCGUCUGGCCACCAAGCACAGCAGGAAGGCCUUGAAGGCCAGCCUGACACUGGGCAUCCUGCUGGGCAUGUUUUUUGUGACCUGGCUGCCCUUCUUUGUGGCCAACAUAGCCCAGGCCGUGUGCGACUGCAUCUCCCCAGGCCUCUUUGAUGUCCUCACGUGGCUGGGUUACUGUAACAGCACCAUGAACCCCAUCAUCUACCCUCUCUUCAUGCGGGACUUCAAGCGGGCCCUGAGCAAGUUCCUGCCAUGUCCCCGCUGUCCCUGGGAGCACCGGGCCAGCCUUGCCUCCCCCUCCUUGCGGACCUCUCACAGCGGCGCUCGGCCUGGCCUGAGUCUGCAGCACGUGCUGCCCCUGCCCCUGCCACCGGACUCGGACUCGGGCUCAGGUGGCUCCUCAGGCCUGCAGCUCACCACUCAGCUGCUGCUUCCCGGGGAGGCCACCCGGGACCCCCCGCCACCCCCCAGGCCUGCUGCUGCAGUCAACUUCUUCAACAUCAAUCCUGUGGAGCCCGAGCUACGGCUGCAUCCACUUGGCUUCCCCACGAACUAACCUGAGCUUGGACCUGGCCAGUGGAGAGCUGGAUUG